AUGCACAGAGGAAAAUCAGAUUCUGUUUCCAUCUUCAGUUCCCUUCCUGAAGAUGUUGUCCUCAAAAUUGCUUCAUUGCUUCAGGUGCGGGAUUUGUGUGCCUUAGGUUGUUGUUCGAGGUUCUGGAGGGAACUGUGCUUCUCAGAUUGCAUUUGGGAAUCUCUUGUCAGAAAUAGAUGGCCUUUACUCUCGUCCUUUCAUUUCCCUUCUUCUUCUACUCUCCCUCAUUCUCCCAAUGUAAAGAAGUGGAGGAAAUUGUACUUGGAUAGGCACGUGGAAUUGGGGGUGAGAGCAAGGUCUGUUGUGAAGUUUGUGGAAGCUUGUUCACGUUCUGAAUCACUUGAGGUUGGGGACCAUCUGAAAGCUGUUGACACCCUGAUUGGCACGAGCUUUGGGUUUGAAGACGUGCAGAGGUUCUUGUUCGACCCUCGAACAAAUGUGCUGAUUAAUUUGGUUGGGGUAUACUAUUGCCUCACAAUCCUUGGGAUUCGGGGUGAUAAUCUUAUAGAAACCCUUCGGACUCAUGAGAUCUCAGAUAGGCGUGUCUGCGUCAAGUGGUGGAAAGUUGGUAGAUGGUUCUAUGGCUUCCGUAUGAGGGAUGAAACACAUUCUCGGUGGGUUUCAUUGGCAGAUUUGGCAACAGAAGAUGAUGAGCAUGUUUUGGGAGUGCUUCGCCGAGGUACUAUUCAUGAGGUUUUACGUGUUCAAAUCUCUGUGGUUGGUCGUACAUCAACACAUUGGUCCCAGAGAUGGGAAUAG